AUUGAAUCAGAUUGGAAGGACCACAUCUCUCAACGACUGCACACAAGAUUCCAAUUUCUCUCUCUUUCUUUUUCUUCUCUCUCUCUCUCUCUCUCUCUCUCCCACCAAGUUUUCUUAAUUGGAUUUUUGUCUAUAUAUGCUACCCUUCCCCUGAGUUCCAAUUCCCUUUCCCCCUCUCCUCCUUUUCCUUGCUUGGCGAUCUUGAGGUUCUGCUGCUCUGUUCUUCCGUGGCCCUGCCUUCUUAAAUUUCUCUUGGGUUCUCGAUCCAAAAUCGAAACCCCAAGAGCUGAAUACUUUGUUCUUGCUGCUGUUCCACUUGUGUUGGGCAAAAGUCGAGUCCUUUGCGUCCACUUUGACUAAUUUGCUGUCGUUUUGGGAUAUCUUCUGCUGCUAAUUUCAGGGGAGACUCUGCCAAAAUUCUCUUCAAAAUCUGGCCUUCGGUUGAUCCUCGGUGUAAAAAUACGACCUUGCUGCUGAAAUCUGCAGGGAUUCUUCUUCCCAGUUGCAAGCUCUGAUCUUUUUCUGUACUGAAUCCUCCUCCUCCUCCUCUCCUUUUGUUUUCUUCACAUGCAGCAUCUGUUUCUCUUGAUGUUUCUAAUUGAUGUCGCCUAUCCUAAGUGAGAUCCUUCUCUCUGGGUGUAUGAUAAACUCCACCAUUCGACACAGAACCCAUCUUGUUCAGUCCUUCUCCGUGGUCUUUCUGUACUGGUUCUACGUCUUCUCCGAGCGUGUUCUGAGAUCCGAGCACUCGGGCCCUGUCCAUUCUCUCAUAUAAGUACAAUCUUCUUUUGCUAGCGUUGAUCUUUCAGCAUAUCUCCACCCAAGAUCUUGUCUUGCCUGAAGCAGCAGCACUUAAAUCUAUAAAAAAAAGACUGCCGAGAAAGAUCUCAUUUUUACUGUAAAAGACGCAAAAAGCUUCCAUGGCUUCUCCCAGUGGGACUUCUUCUGGGUCCAGCCUGCUGCUCCCGACCUCGGGCUCCGAAGAGGAUCUGCAUGCACUGAUGAUGGACCAGAAGAAGCGAAAGCGGAUGAUAUCGAACCGUGAGUCCGCGAGGCGGUCGAGGAUGCGCAAGCAGAAGCAUUUGGAUGAUCUGACGGCGCAGGCGAAUCAGCUGAGGAAGGAGAACAGCCAGAUCCUGUCAUCCCUCACCCUCACCACGCAGCAGUGUUUCGCUGUGGAGGCCGACAACUCCGUUCUGCGCACCCAAACCAUGGAGCUCACCAACAGGCUGCAAUCCCUCGAUGAGAUCCUUCUCUUCUUGAACGGAAGCAACACCAUCGUCCGCAAUGGCUUCCUCAUCGGUCCAUGGAGCUCCACGUGCACGAACCAGCCCAUCAUGGCUUCAGCAGCAGACAACCUGCUUCAGCAUUGAUAGAUAAGAAGCCAUGGAUUGCUGUCAAAGGGCGGCUGGUAGCUCUGGUGUUGCUAGCUGUGCUUGUCAGUGAGGAGGACUUUUGUCUAUCUUGGUAUCUAUUGUACUUUUGUGUGUUUGGGUGGAAUGCGGGCAAGAUAUUUAAGCCCUUUGGAGCUUCAAAGUGCCCAAAGUAAUGUGACCUUUCGAGUGUCUUUUAACUAUUAAGACUCUUUAGUUUUA